UGAAGUUAAAAGACGAAAAGCGUAGUCGUUUUGUGCGGCAUAUAAAAUUAAAUUAUUAUUUUCGUUUUUAAAUAAAAAAAAUAUAAGAAAAAUAUAUUAUUCCAAAGAAGAAUAAAUCGAUUUAUGAUCAAAUGAGCAAGUAACGUGUGGAAUUUAAAUUCAUAUUAAACAUUUUAAAAUUGAAAUUUUCAAUUUUAUAAGACAAUACUAUAAGAAAAGAAAAAAGUUCUUGAUUCGGGCUGGAAAUUUUCAACGAGAAGGAAAAAAGUGAGAAGUGACACCAUUUUAGUGAUCGAACGAUGUCCGCUGUCCAUUGCUAUUAAAAAUUUUAUAAAUGUACAUUUGAAUUUAAUUUUUUAUAUUUUUUUUUUUUUUGCAAUUUUUUCAAAAAGAAUUUUUAAAUAAAUUUUAUAUUUUAAAUCAAAAUUCUAAAAUAGAAAAAAGAAAAUUUAAGUGCUGAAGAAUAUACACACACAUAUAUAAGAAUAUACAUAUACAUACAUACAAAUAUAUAUAUAUAACUUACACCUCAAAGUAAUUGAUUGAUUUUUCGGUACAAAUCAAUUUUUUUGUUUUAUUUUUCCGAAAAUUCAAUUUGUUUUUUUUUUUUUAAAUUUAAUGAAAUCUAUACAUGAAAUAUUUAAAAUUUGUUUCAAAAAUAUAAAUAGUAUAGUUUAAUAUCUCGAAAAGAAAAUAUAUAAAUGAAAAAGGUUUUCGUCAUUAGCCCAUUCAUUUGGAAGUCAUUUUCAAAUUUUGGAUAUUUUGAUAUCGAUGACUACACAUAACAAUAAUACUAUUACUACUACUCCUACAACAAUAAAAAUAAAACUACGAAUAAAUUAUUAAAAGAAGAAAAUUAUUCGAUUUAAGAGUGCAAUCGAUUUAGAUAUAUACAUAUAAACAUACAUACCGUAUAUCGAAUGCAUAAUAUUAUUUAGAAACAUCAAUAAAUCCAAAUAAGAGUAGAAUUUAUAAUUAAAAAAGAAAGAAAGAAGAAGAAGAAUAAAACAAAAAACAGGAAUAAAAAUUUAUUAAUUAUUAUUUUUUACUACAUAAUAUUGGUAUAAUUAAAAAUAUUAUUUUUAAAUAUUAAAAUAAAAUAUUCAAUAAUAACAUACAAACACACAAUUAUAGAGGAGGAAAAGAUUAAUAAUUUAUAGAAUAUUAGAAGAAGAAAAACGAACCAGUGCCAUCUAUUAACAAAAAAGAAAAAUAGUAUAAUUCUCUCAUAAAAAUCGUCGUUUUUUUGUUUUUCUUGUUUUUUCUCAUCAUUAUCAUCAUAUUUAAAUAUUAUACAACUACUUAUAUACAACUAUUAAAAUAAAACAGCAACUACAAUAACAGGAACAUCAUUAUUCAUCAUUAUUAUUAAUAACUAGGAAAGAAUUUUUAUAACAUUUUUGUUCUAUUUCGAAUUUUUAAGUUUUCGCAGAAAAAAAAAAGUAUAAAAUUUACAAAAUAUAAAUAUAUUAAUACAAAAAUAUAUUAUGUAUGAGCGAAUAUAUAUUCAUAAAUUGAAGAAAUAUACAUAAACCAAAUAACAAUAUCUAAAUAUACAAAGAAAGGAAAAUAUUUGAAGAUAAUUAUAUUCAAAUAUACUACUGGAUACUGUGAAAAUUUAACAACAAUAAGCAAGCAAGCAUUACACAAAUAUAUAUGUAUAUAUAUAAAAAAAGAAAAUAUAAAAUAAAAGAAAAAUAAAUAGAAAUUGUACGAGACUAUAAAUAGCUGAAUAAUUAUUAUAUACAUAUUUAUAUAUAAUAUAUAAAAAUAACAAAAAAAACUACAUAUACAUACGCAUACUUAUAUACUGGAUAAAAUAUAAAAGAAGAGAGAGAAUUAUAAUUAAUAUAAAUAAAGAAACAGAAAAUUUAUAAUAUACUAUAUCCCAUGUGAAUAUAAAUUAUAUAUAGUAUAUAUAUAUAUACAUAUAUAAGUACACAUCAUUUACUUUUUAGAUGCAUUAAGCUUAAAGAGUCCCUCCAGCUUAUGAAAUAAUAAAAAAAUUGAUAUUUCUACAAGAAUUUCAGGAAUAUAUCAAAACACUAGAAGAUAAUAAAAGCUAUAAAAAUAAUUAUUUUUUAAACCAACAAUAACUUAUUUUUUAUCUCAUCAUACUAAAAUAUAUGGAAAAUCAAUAUAUGUUUAACAAAUAUUAAAACAAUUUUAUUAAAAAUACGAAAUACUGCAAUAUUAGAUAAAAAUAAAAAAAGUAGCAAGCUAAAAGCAGGAAAUUUAACAAUAAUAAGAGGAAGAAAAACUCAAAAAAUAAUAAAAAAAAGAAGAAAAUGUCUUCGGGAACAUUUGUUGAUCGAAUUGAUCCCUUUGCAAAACGCUCCCUUAAAAAGAAAAGUAAAAAAUCUCAAGGUUCCUCCAGAUAUAGAAAUUCUCAAGAUGUUGAAUUACAGCAAUUACCUCCCUUAAAAGCUGAAUGUUCUAGUUUAGAGCAAGAGGAACUAUUUAUACGAAAAUUACGACAAUGUUGUGUGUCAUUCGAUUUUAUGGAUCCGGUAUCGGAUUUAAAAGGAAAAGAAAUUAAAAGAGCUGCUUUAAAUGAUUUGUCAACUUAUAUAACACAUGGAAGGGGUGUAUUAACGGAACCUGUGUAUCCAGAAAUUAUUAGAAUGAUAUCAUGCAAUUUGUUUCGAACACUGCCGCCAAGUGAAAAUCCGGAUUUUGACCCAGAAGAAGAUGAUCCAACGUUAGAGGCCUCAUGGCCACAUUUACAAUUAGUUUAUGAAGUAUUUCUGAGAUUUUUGGAAUCUCAAGAUUUUCAGGCAACUAUUGGAAAACGUGUUAUUGACCAAAAGUUUGUUUUACAAUUAUUAGAGCUAUUUGAUUCGGAGGAUCCAAGGGAAAGAGAUUUUCUAAAAACUGUAUUGCAUCGUAUUUAUGGAAAAUUUCUAGGUUUACGUGCUUUUAUACGAAAACAAAUCAAUAAUAUAUUUUUGCGUUUCAUUUAUGAAACAGAACAUUUUAAUGGUGUUGGAGAGCUUUUAGAAAUUCUUGGAAGUAUAAUUAACGGUUUUGCAUUACCAUUAAAAGCUGAACAUAAACAAUUUUUGGUUAAAGUCUUACUACCAUUGCACAAAGUAAAAUGUUUAUCAUUAUAUCAUGCUCAGUUAGCAUAUUGCAUUGUACAGUUUCUUGAAAAAGAUGCAUCACUUACAGAACCAGUUGUAAGAGGUUUACUAAAAUUUUGGCCGAAAACAUGUUCUCAAAAGGAAGUUAUGUUUUUGGGUGAAAUUGAAGAAAUAUUAGAUGUUAUUGAUCCCCCGCAAUUUGUUAAAAUUCAAGAGCCGUUAUUUAGACAAAUUGCAAAAUGUGUAUCAAGUCCUCAUUUUCAGGUCGCUGAGCGAGCCUUAUAUUUAUGGAAUAAUGAGUAUGCAAUGUCACUCAUUGAAGAAAAUAAUGCUGUUAUAAUGCCAAUAAUGUUCCCAGCGCUUUACCGAAUAAGUAAAGAACAUUGGAAUCAAACAAUAGUUGCACUUGUUUAUAAUGUUUUGAAAACAUUUAUGGAAAUGAAUUCUAAAUUAUUUGAUGAAUUAACAGCUAGUUAUAAAGCUGAAAGACAAAAAGAGAAAAAACGUGAACGUGAUCGUGAAGAAUUAUGGAAAAAAUUGCAUGAAUUAGAAAUAUCGCGUAAUAAAAAUCGUACACUAACAAAUGAUACAAAUCAAUCUAAUAUUAAUAAUUCAAUAACUGGCUCAACAUUACAAUCUGGUGGUGGGCAAAUAAAUUCUCAAAUUCAAAAUAAUCAAUUUAAUCAACAACAACAGCAGCAACAACAACAAAAUAAUACAAACCAAAAUGUUUUACAAAAUCUGAGUGGUGUUGGCCAACAACAACAACAAAUUCAUUCAACAUCUAAUCUUAGUGGAAAUUCUAAUUUAAAUCCUAAUAAUCCAACAGGAGGACAAAAUAAUUUAACGAAUCAACAAGGGAUUAAUGCAAAUUCAUCUUCGGGUGCUGGUGUUGCUAUUUCAGCGACUAAGUGAUGUAGUACUGAUUAAUAAUUAUAAUAUAAAAUUAUGUUUAUGAAACAAAAAUAUAAAAAAACAAAAAAAAAAGAUGAUAAAUAAAAAUCCUUUAAAUGCAUUAAUACAUUUAUAAACGUAUAUAUUUAUAUAUAUAUAUAUAUAUAAUAUACAAGUUUAUAUUAUUUUGUGUUUAUACAUAUAGCUACAUAACUAUAUAUAUACAUAUAUAUAUAUAUACAUUUAUAAAACAUUAAAAUAUUCAGUUAUAAAAAUUAUAAAAAUAAAAAUUAAGAAAAAAAAAAGAAAACGGUCAUUACAUAAUUAUUAUAUUGCAAAAGCAAAAAAAAAAAAAAAUAACAAAUUAGAAAUUUAAACAAAAAAUAUGAGAAAAAUAAAUUAAAAAAAAAAACUGAAAAAGGAUAUAAAAGAAAAUUAUACAAGCAAAAAAAAAAAAAUAAGAAAAAUAAAAUUAAAGUAAUUUAAAAAAACACGUUAAAAAUUCAAACAAAGAAUGUAUUACAAAAUUUAAUAUUAAAAAAGAAAUUUUACAUGUUAUUUAUAGUGUUAGCUAUAUGGAAUCUUUAAAUUAAAAAUUUCAAAAACAAAAAAA